CCACCGGCCCCUUCGUAUCGUUCUUGCUCUCAUAAGUUGACCAUCAUCCUCUCUGCCGCUACACAGUUCGAAGACGUGACCCGUUCGUCACCUUCAUUCUGGCCGGAUGCGUUCGAAUUUACCCCGUUCAGCUCGCUUCAUUCCCGCAUACGUUCAUCGGUUUAUCUAACAGAUGUCGUUGGCGCUGUUGUUAGCAUAACAGGCGUUUCUAGCACUGUAACUUCAUUCGGUACCACUGUGCGGAGUGAUUUGGUGCUUCAGAAUGAAAAUCACAUGUUUCUUGAUAUCAGUCUGUGGAGUGAUAUAGCUCGGAAUCUCAAUGGUCAGGAACUGGCUGUCCUUGGUCGUUCUGGGCCAGUUAUGCUUGCUGUUUGCUCACUUCGAGUCACUGGCGCUACGAAAGGAGGUUACUCUCUUACCAGUACUCCAGGCACACGUUGUGUUCUCAACCCUGUUUCUGAAAUGGCUCACCUGGUCCAAUCUGUGUUCUUUGCCAGCACUAAUACAUGUCAAUAUUACCCUCCGAGGUUUGCAACUCCUAAUGAGGCAGCGGCCUUCGAAGCUGAAUGUACGAAGACUGUGUCACAACUACUUGCCUUGUGUUUUCCACCUGUUGCCGAUUCUACGCGUUACCAUUGCUCUGGUCGGAUUGUUUCGGUUGAUUCUUCUAUGCAGUGGUACUACUUGGGUUGUGCGCUUUGUUCCAAAGCAGCCAUAGAUUAUGAUGGUGUUGACAAAUGGUGUGAUGACCACCGUCGUUUGGUGCCUCAACAAACACAGAAC